AUGGAGUCCUCCAGAAUCUCUCUCCGACCAUUCAAGCUUUCCGAUGUGGAGGACUUCAUGUCAUGGGCUGGUGAUGAUAGAGUAACGCGCUAUGUAAGAUGGAACACCAUCACCUCUACGGAUAAAGGCCUUCAAGUAUUUGAAGGAGGUGACUAUACCCAGGAUGAAAAUAUCGGCGACGACAGAUGCAGAGCACAUAUAGGGUAUGCGCUGGGCUGGGAGUACUGGGGACAAGGGAUCGUCACAGUGGCAUUGAAGAUGGCUCUCUCUAUUGUGUUCAAGGAAUUCCCAGAUUUGGUGAGGGUGCAAGCCUUGGUAGAAGUAGAAAAUAAGGGGUCCCAAAGGGUGCUAGAGAAGGUCGGGUUCCUGAAGGAAGGGUUGCUGAGGAAGUACGGGUUUAAUAAAGGUGAGGUUAGAGACAUGUUCAUCUAUGGCUUCCUGUCCACCGACCCAAUUCCUGAUUGA